AGUAGAAUAUUUAACAAACGUAUUUAUUAAAAAGAGUCUUAAUGACAAUAAAGGAUAUUUCUGCCAUGAAAACCAGCCUAAAGGGAUAGGCUUUCAUUAUAAGCUCUGAUAAACAUUGAGAAUUUUCAGGAAAAACGGACAUUUACGUAUUUAUAAGCUGUUGUAAAAUUGAAAAUCUUAUUGUCUGCAACUGUUAUGGAUAUGGUGAUCACAAAUUUACAACAACAACGCCAAAUUACAGAGCAGCUUCGUCGUGAAGCUGCUCUAAAGAGGAUUACAGUCAGCAAAGCUGUGGAAGAUAUUAUGAAAUAUAUCACCGAGCAUGAACAAGAAGAUUGCUUGUUGGUUGGUUUUUCAUCUCAGAAGUCUAAUCCCUUUCGUGAAAAAAGUUCGUGUGCCAUUCUUUAAGCUAGCAUGCUUAAAGUGAAGAAUAUAUUAAUUCAAUCUUUUUUUCCAAGUAUUCAAAUUAUUUUAUUAUCUUCACACAUAAAAACAAAGAAAACUCUUUCUCUGUGGAAUUAUUAAAGUAUAUGACACAUUUUAUUUAUUGUAUAAUUAUCUAGGUUAUUAUUUGUAUCAAUGACACUUACAGUCAUUCGUAUAAUUCAUUUCUUAUAUUCAAUUCAAUUUAUUACUAUUGCUUCCAUAUAAACAAUCUUCCAUAGAAACAAAUCUAUUUUUUUAUACAUUGGAUGCAGUCAGCAAGAAAAUGAAUCUCAUGAAAACAUCUAAUAUCACAUUCUUGCUAUACCAUUGGCCUAAAAAUGUACAAUAAAAAUAUAUACAUAUUUAUAUACAACAAUUUUACACACUAAUAUAUGUACUCUAUACUGAAAGUGAAAGUCUAUUUUAUAUAAUAUUGAUUUUAUGAAAUAUUUGAGGAAUUACAAUAUUUGGACAAACAGAAAAAUAGAAGAAUAUCUGAUAUUACUGUAUUGAAAUAUGUAUAUACAUAUAAAAUUUAUAAACAUGUUAAGAUGAUACCCAUAUUGUAUGUCAAUAUUUUUCCGAUUAAGAUGUAUUUACAAAACUAUUGUUGGAAGGUUUGCCACUUUCAUAUAAAAUAAGAAUAUUUUGAUAGUAUUUAUAUUGUCAAUUAUGCAAGUGUAUACAAGUGUGUAAUAAGUAUGUUUAAGAAUGUUAAAUUUUAAUAAAAUAAAGUAAUAUGAAUAA